AUGCGUCUUCUCUCCUGUUCACUGCAGUCUCCUCGGCGUUCAACGCGCGCUCUCUUCUGGCCGACAGGUGCAUUUGAUAGCGCUGGAUCUGCUCGUUCGUGCGGUGCCAAGCACAGCGUCCGCUUCGCUUCAACGGCUCCGCCACGACACGUCUUCGCGGACGCCUCAGUCAGCAUUGGGAGUCUCCCGUUAGCGCCGGAAGAAACACGGGCAGAGCGGGAGCUGCUGAGCUCGUUGCCGGAGUUCCAAGAGGCAGCACAGAUCCUGUUGGGUCAAGGCGGAGACGACGCGAAGCUGUUGCCCGACCACAAACGGGCGGACAAAGCGCUGCCGAAGCUGCAGCGCACCGUCGAGAUCUGUCGCUCGGCUAUGGGCUUCCAGAGUGUCUACUUGCAGGCGGCUCUACGGCACCUGGUGGCAACGCUCUUUAUGAAGGGCGACGUGGCUGCCGCUCGCAACGUCAUGCAAGAACGGGGCGACGUGAUGCAGUGGCCCAUGGCCGAGCACGAGCGUAUGCUGCGGCUGCUGUUGCGUGCGAAUAUGCCCAAAGAGGCCGAAGUGUGGUGCACGAAAGCGGAGUUUGUGAAGCUGUCGCCCAAGGACGCGACAGUGCCGCUCAAGUGGACGAUGUACGAGUUGAUUGGGAAGGAACUCAGUGGGGGAGCUGAGCAGUUGGCGAAAGCCGUGGACGACCCGCUGUUUGUGCAGGCCGUGGAGACCCUGCGAGAGAAGAAGGACGUUGUGCUGAAGCACGAAGAAGCGAGCAACCUGAAGGCGAGCGAAGUGCAGCUGGGACGCGACAUCCCGUACUUGCUCGCGCAGUACGCGUCACUGUCACUGGCCAGCACGCGCGCGCUGCCCAAAUAUGCUGAUGCCGAUUCCAAGGUGCCGCCGAAUGACGCCCAGUUGCUGAGUUUGAAACAGGCCGAGGUGCUGUACAAGGAAGCGCUGGCGUGGGUGGAGAAAACAGCAGCUGAGGAGGACAAGGACGCGUUGCUGGCGUCUGGACCCAACGCGCCAUUCGGAGCUUGGAUCGAGACCAAUCUGGGCGAGCUGCUGCUGCGCCAGAACAAGCCUGAAGAGGCCAUGGAGUGGCUCGGCAAGGCCAUGAGCACGCUACAGGCGGAGCAAAAUGGCACUGGAGGCAGCGCGCUUGCGAUGACCCGUGUGCUCGGCCAGAUCGCGCGAGCUUGUCAUGCCAUGGGCCAAGCGGUGACGAGCGAGGGUCUGUUCGUUACUGUCGUCGAGUCAUUCGAGCGCGAGAACAAUCUUUCCUCGACCGACCGCGUCGAGUUUUCUCGCGUGUUGCGUGCCUACGGCGACCUGCUGGCGAAUUGGGAGAAUCGUGAAGCUGGUGCGGCAAAGAGGUUUGAACAAGCUCAGCAAGUCGAGCGGGAUCUCGCGCAGAUGUGCGAGGCUAACCAAAGUGCUGCCGCGCUGCAUUCUGUGUUUUUCCUGCCGCUGUGA